CGCUUGCAUCACCUCACUGCUCGCUUCAAAAUUCAAGUGGGCCUUUCUCGCUUCGUCUCUCCUCUACCGCAAACGAUCCAAAUACCCAGCCCUCUGCUUCAAAUGGGACUUUUCCGUUUCCUCAAUCGUCUACCCAAGUUGCCCAAAACCAUCAAGCAUCACUAUCUCAUUUGCAAUUUGAUUUGCCACGAUGAAAAUUCAUCUGGGUUCUCUUCCAGACAUAAUUCCUGUUCCCGAGUUGCCGGUUUUCAAAGAUACGUCCAUGGCGGGUUUGUGAAAACACAAGGCAUGAUGGAGGCCAAAGACAAAAGGCCAGAUGUUCUAAGCUGUCGUGUGGUUGAAGAUGCCGAAAAACUCUGCAAAAUACUAUCAAACCAUCGCGAUUCUUCUGGCGUUGAGUCUGCUCUAAAUUGUGCUGGGGUUGAGGUUUCGCCCGUGCUGGUUGUGGAAGUUUUGAAAAAGCUUAGCAAUGCUGGUGCUAUUGCUCUUUUCUUCUUUAGGUGGGCAGAGAAGCAAAAAGGAUUCAAAUAUACUACAGAAAGCUAUAAUGCUUUGAUUGAUGCUCUAGGGAAGAUCAAACAGUUCAAGAUGAUCUGGAAUUUGGUGGGUGACAUGAAGCACAAAGGUUUGUUGGCCAGAGAGACUUUUGCAUUGAUUUCUCGGAGGUACGCAAGAGUGAGGAAGGUUAAAGAAGCCAUAGAAACGUUUGAGAAGAUGCAAAAGUUUGGGAUGAGUCUGGAGGCGUCGGAUUAUAAUAGGUUGAUUGAUACAUUGUGCAAGUCCAGACAUGUCAAGAAUGCACAAGAGGUGUUUGAUAAAUGGAAAAGGAGAAAAUUUAUGCCUGAUAUCAAGUCGUAUACAAUUUUGUUAGAGGGUUGGGGUCAAGAGCAGAAUUUGCUUAGAUUGAAGGAGGUGUAUGGAGAAAUGAGGGACGAAGGGUUCCAGCCGGAUGUUGUGACUUAUGGAAUUAUCAUAAAUGCACAUUGUAAGGUUAGGAAGUAUGAUGAAGCAAUUGAAAUUUUUCGCGAGAUGGAAGAAAAAAAUUGCAAGCCUUCUCCUCACAUAUACUGCACUUUGAUUAAUGGAUUGGGGUCUGAGAAGAGAUUGAAUGAGGCUCUUGAAUUUUUUGAACAAUCCAAAACCAGAGGUUUCCCUCUAGAGAUACCCACUUAUAAUGCAGUUGUUGGAUCUUAUUGUUCCUCAAUGCGAAUCUAUGAUGCUUAUCGGAUGGUUGAUGAGAUGAGGAAGACUGGAGUUGGUCCAAAUUCUCGUACUUAUGAUAUAAUUCUUUAUCACUUGAUAAAGGCUCGAAGAACAAAAGAAGCCUACUUGGUUUUCCAAAAGAUGAAUGGUGAUCCAGGAUGUGCGCCAACCGUGAGUACCUAUGAGAUCAUGGUGAGGAUGUUUUGCAAUGAAGAGCGGGUGGAUAUGGCAUUAAAGGUAUGGGAUGAGAUGAAGGCCAAGGGGGUUCUUCCCGGAAUGCAUAUGUUCUCUACAUUGAUUAACUGCCUGUGCCAUGAGAACAAAUUGGAUGAUGCCUGUGAAUACUUUCAAGAAAUGUUGAAUAUGGGCAUCAGGCCUCCAUCCCAGAUGUUUAGUAGUCUGAAACAAGCUCUUCUUGAUGAGGGGAAGAUGGAUACUGUUCUAAUUUUGGGCAAGAAGCUUGAGAAACUGAGGAAAACGCCAUUAAUUGGCUGAGAGGAGAGACACUCUGCUGUUGUACAAUGACUUCUAUUAAGGUCUUCUGGGAGACCCAACUAGACAAAACGCUGCACCAUAAUUAAAAGAACCAAGCUCUGCAUAUGUUCUCAGCUUGAGUUAGAAACUAUGUUGUUUAAAUUGAGCCUCACCUUUACUGAGAUUGAGGAGAGUGGAGGUGAUGGUUGUGGGUGGGUUUAUGGGUGCAAAGAGGACCACUCCUUAUUGAGUAUUUUAUUCUCUACUUUUUCAGAGAAAGGUGAAAGUGAAUAUUUUUAGGAGCUUAUUGAUGUGCAUGUUAGAGUAUUAGUUCUUUAAUAUUUAUUAUACAUAAUGAAUCAAUGAUUAUAAUGUUUGGCUUGUCAAA